AUGUUGUGUGAGGAGCGAGAUGCUUUUUCGAUUGGUGAUGACGACAUUGGGUGCAUCAAGGACUUGAAAAUGGAGAUAAAUCUUACAGACAGACAACCGGUUCAGAAAAAUUAUGCGUCCAUUCCACGUCCACUUUACCCGGAAGUGAAAUACUAUCUGGAAGACCUACUGAACAAAAACUUUAUCAGACGAUCGAAGUCACCUUACUCUAGCAGCGUGGUGUGCGUCGGGGAGAAGGAUGGAACCAUGAGAUUAUGUGUCGACUACUGUGUACUGAAUAAAAUGAUCAUUAAACAGACACCCCAUCCCCGGGAUACAAGAAGCCUUAGAUAA